AUGCAGCGGAAAAAACCCAGAGAAGGAGACGAGAAGGAGGUGUCAAAAUCAGCUCAGGGGAGGUGUUCAGACACACCUCCACCAUAUCGACCCUCCUCCUCAUGCAGCUCCCUCACUGAUGCACCCACACCGCCCCCUGGUGGAUUGUACCCCAUAUUGGAAGUACAGAAUGGAACCCUGGUGGUGAAUGGACUACAGAUCCCAGAAGAGACAGGAACUAAUCCGGCUACUGAGGGGGCACAACGAGGCUGGUUCAGAGAUGCUGUCCUUAAUGGACUACCACCACAGGUGAAGGCCAGUAUGGAGGACAAUCCGGACAUGGCUGGAGUGGAUGCUGGAACUUGGGAUCGCCAUCUGAUUCACCACCUGACACGAUUGCAUCGAGGUCUGCAAACUCGGGUCCUUAUCCUGCCCAACCAGGCCGGUUCAGGGGCAGGGGCGGGCCAAGGGGCCGUGGAUUCCGUGGAGGACCACCAAGGCGAUGGGAGGGUGCUGACGUUUGCUACUACUGUGAAGAGCAGGGUCAUUGGAGCCGACACUGUCCAUGCAACCCUGAGGCAUAUGAGCGUGGGUAUGGACCCAGAGGAGGCCCAGGGCGACGCCCCUUCUUGGAACACACCCAUCUUACCAGUAGAAAAGAAGGGAACUGGGAAAUGGAGAAUGGCCCACGACUUGAGAGCAGUAAAUGCAGCACUGUCCACUCCCACAGUCCCAGUGCCUAAUCCAUACGUUGCUCUCACUAACCUUAACCCCAAACAUGCAUGGUUCACCUGCAUCGAUUUGGCAAACGCUUUCUUCUGCCUGCCUCUAGCUGAGGAGUGCAGAGAUGUUUUUGCAUUCACAUAUAAGUCAAACAGGUACCGCUACACUCGUUUGCCGCAGGGUUUUGCUCUAUCACCAGGACUUUUUAAUCAGGUCCUUAAGAAAUCCCUCCAAGACUGUCCCCUCCCCCCAAACACCACAUUGAUCCAAUACGUGGAUGACAUUCUUUUGGCGACACCAACUGUUUCUGAAUGCUUGGAGGCCACGGCUGUGGUACUCUCACACCUAGCAAAAGCUGGGUACAAGGUCAGCAAAGCCAAACUACAAAUUUGCCGGAAACAGGUGGAUUUCUUAGGCAGGGUGAUCUCCCAGCCUGGGACAGGAAUGUCCUCUUCACAUCAAUCUGCUGUCCUUUCUCAUCCAAAACCGGUGCGGGUGAAAGACAUGCUUUCCUUCUUGGGACUCACUGGAUACAGCAGGUCAUUUAUUCCAGGAUACAUUGACCUGACUGGCCCACUCCGCGACUUAGUGAAGAAACAGGGCAUGCGCAAUUUGACGGCACCUCUACAAUGGACAACAGAAGCAGAGGAAGCCUUUAUUGCUCUUAUAACCAGCCUUUCCCAAGCUGCUAACUUGGCACAUGCCGACUACACAUUGCCCUUUCACUUGGAUGUUUCUGUAACAGCACAUACUGCGAAUGGAGUGCUGUUCCAGAAAAAAGGGGGAGUAAGAACAGUGCUAAUGUAUAUUAGCGUGAUGCUUGACAACAUGGAACAAAGACACCAUGAAUGUACCAGACAUGCAGCAGGGUUGACAAAAAUAAUUAAAAAAACAGCCCAUGUGGUGAUGGGACAUCCACUACACAUUUUAACAUCAUAUGGAGUAGUGGAAUUUGUCAAUUCCAAAACUUUCACACUCUCACCAUUGAGACAACAGAGAUUGAGUAAGGUGCUGGAGGCGCCAAAUAUUAUCUACAGCCAUGAAGGGAUCAACAUGGCAGACAGAAUGACAGAAAGAGCGUUUGUUGAGGUAAAUGAGAAAAUCAGACCAGACCUACAAGGAGAACCACUAACAGAAGCAAGAAACCUGUACACAGAUGGCUGUUGUUUUAGACAUGACACAGAGGGUCUGAAAGCAGCCUAUGCAGUGGUGGAAGACACAGGAACGAACUUUGUGACUCUUAAGGCAGAAGGGCUGACAGACACCCAAUCAGCACAGAGAACAGAGGUGCUAGCAGUAAUAGCAGCCCUAGAACUAGGGGAAGGACAAAAAGUGAACAUCUACACAGACUCAGCUUAUGUCACGGGAGCAGCGCACGUGGAACUAAAGCAAUGGAUAAGAACAGGGUUUAGAACCGCAGGACAAAAACCCAUUAAACAUGAGCAAGAAAUGAGAAGAUUAGCUGAGGCCCUACUACUUCCCCAAGAAGUAGCGGUCAUAAAAUGCAAAGGACAUGAUAACAGCUACACCAGGGUGGCUCAAGGAAAUCAAGCUGCAGAAACCAAAGCUGGAUAUCUGCCCAUACACAUCUUGAUGAACUCUGAAGUUGAAUGGACACCAGAACCGACUCUGGAGGAGGUGAGUAGACUGCAAAAGGGGGCCUCACCAGAAGAGAAAUCAGUCUGGAAGGCAAGAGGGGGAAGAAAAGACCAGGAUGAACUAUGGAGAAGUCCAGACGGACGUCCCAUCCUACCCCCAGGACUAACCACAGCAGCGCUGGAAGAAGCACAUGGACCGGGACAUGCAGGAACUGCACAAAUGAUAAAGAGUCUUGAGCACUGGUGGCAUCCAUACCUGAAACAGACGGUAGGUCAUUGGAUAAGCUCGUGUAGCACCUGCCAACAAUUCAAUGUGAGACCCACUCUGAAGCCUGCACCAGGUAAGUUCCCUGUGGACCCGGUAGCAGGUAAGGAAAUCAUCAUAGACUACACGGACAUGACGGAGAGAGUGAAUGGGUUCAGAUAUCUUUUGGUGUGUGUGGAUGCGUUCACCGGUUGGCCAGAAGCCUGGCCAGCAAAAAAGGAAGACAGCAAAACAGUGGUGAAGUAUCUGAUUAAUCACUACAUCCCCAGGCACGGUUUUCCUGCAAAAAUCAGGUCAGAUAACGGCACACACUUCAAAAAUGAAGAACUUAGAGAGGUUGAAAAGUUCCUGGGACUGAGACAUUCCUUUGGAACAGUGUACCACCCCCAAUCUCAAGGGAAGGUGGAAAGGAUGAACCAGACAAUCAAAACUAAAUUGGCUAAAAUCUGUGCACAGACCAAAAUGAAUUGGGUGACAGCAUUACCUUUAGCUUUGAUAUCAGUAAGGAGCUCAGUGAGCCAGAGACAUGGGUUGACGCCCCAUGAACUGCAGACUGGAAGACCUUUUCCAGGCCCAAAAACCAGGUUACCUUUUUUGACUGAAUGUGAACAAUCUAUGUCUCACCGUGAUUACUAUAGAUCUCUCCACAGCUUGGUUGCAGCAUUCUCAAAACAGGUGGCCGCCCAACCAUCCAAGGCUCGAGCUACCAUCUCAGACGCGGAGUGGAUCCUUCUGAAAGUCAUCAAACGGAAGUGGUCAGAGCCCAGGUGGACGGGUCCAUUCCAGGUCACAGAGAGAACCUCACAUGCAGUGAGGGUCAAGGGCAAAGGAGACACGUGG